AUGGCAUCCGCGGAGGAGGCUUUGCCACGUCGUGUGACCGGGGAGCCAAACAAAGCCUUGCUGAAACUUAUGGAAAGAACAGGAUACUCCAUACGGCAAGAAAAAAGGCAAAGAAAGUACGGCGGUCCACCUCCCGACUGGGAAAGCCCGGUUCCUUUAAAGAGUUGCGAAAUUUUCGUCGGAGGUAUUCCAAGAGACUGUUACGAAGACGAGCUUGUUCCAGUAUUUGAGAAGAUAGGGAAGAUUUACGAACUGAAACUCGUAAUGAAACCCCGUUCUGCAUUCCAUAGAGGAUAUGGAUUCAUUAUGUACACUGACAAAGAACACGCGAAUCAAGCGGUAAAGGAGCUUAACAACUACGAAAUUCGUAAAGGGCAGCUCUUGGGUGUUCGCAAAACUGGCAGGAGAGUUUUGCACGUGGGGCACCUUAUGUGGACAACUACAGAAGACAAAAUUAGAAAGCUGUGCAGUCAAGUUGUGGGAAGAGACAAUGCUGUGGAAAGAGUAAAGAAGAUAAGAGAUCAUGCAUUCAUUCAUUUUAGAGACAGAGAUGCUGCUAUCAUGGCCAUGACUAAACUUAAUGGAAUGAAUGUUGAAGGUGCUUACAUUGAGGCUGAAUGGGCAAAAGGAAUAAAUCAGGCUAAUCAGGACUGCCACUUGGGUGAGGUUGAUAGAGCAUACAACAGAGGCCAGGAAGCGUUGGAAUCUUGGAAGCAGAAAGAAGUACCAUAUGUCAGGGCUAAUCAGGACUGCCACUUGGGUGAGGUUGAUAGAGCAUACAAUAGAGGCCAGGAAGCGUUGGAAUCUUGGAAGCAGAAAGAAGUACCAUAUGUCAGGGUAAGAGUUCCUCAUGUGGUAGGAUAG